GUCUCUGCCUCUGCUGGUGUUCACUAGACCAAGUCGCCGUGUGUCCGAUACCAGCCUCCUCAAUAUUCCCAUCGCCACCAACCUACCGAAGCCUCGAAUGGAAAUCCGUCCAUGUCGAUGAGAUGCGAAUCUGGCCAUGGCAAGCAGUUUGACGAGCAAGAUCUACUCUAGCUCUCCCGUUAAUCUUUCUUGCCUGGGUCCGGCUCCGCCUCGACUUCGACCGCCGGUAGCAAUCCUCCCGAGUCUGCGCCAUAUACGAUCCGCCAACCUUUGAGAAUGUGAUAUUCCGUCCUCACAAAUGCACUCUGACAUACAGAUAGAACAUUACGAGUCGAAUAUCAAUCAUAUCCCCGUCAUAUACGUCGCUCUGCAGCUUUGACAUUGUCAAGCUCUCCGCAAAAAGGCUCGUGCGAAGGUCGGAGCUUCCAUGCGACACUUCCACGUUGAUUCUGCCGCACCCACCACAUUGUGAACCUAUCUGCCUCACCAACACCACAUUUACACCCAUAAUUUUUAUUUGGCCGCGCGAAGCCCUUUUCAUGCAUCAACACAAACACUUCAGAUUACCCAGAGGCGUCGAGACACGAGUGCGCCGCGCCAGUUGUCGCGCGCACUCAAGCGAAACCCAACCUCCGUGAUUUUGACCACCACCGCAGGCAUUGGACCAGCCACGCACUAAUUACAACACCUUUCGCUCUCACCAGGUCAAUGUUACUGCUCAAGGUCCCUGACACCUUGCUUCAGCUCUCCUUAGCCCACUCCCAUCGCUAGGGUCUGUGAGCACGCUGUCUCCCAGCUCCCAGGACUGAGGAUCCCCUACCUACCAUCGUGCGCUCCGAAGCGCACUCACCGCAUUGUUCCAAGAUCCCACCAUCCCUCCAAAUUCACUACCAGUCGAAGUGUCUCGGUCCGAGUAUCCUCGCUUUGACGACCUUUACGAGUACUACGACCCUGAACGAGAACCUUUGCCCCAACGCCAGCAACUAAUACUCACACCUGCCUCGCAACGGCGACCCCAAUCCUCCCCUUCCAGCGGUGUCCGAUCUCUGAGAAGGACUCCAAGGUUGCAAGAGAGACGGGCUGGUCAGGCUGCAGUAAGAAGAUCUGAGCCUCCGAGUCCAACUCCAGAGGCUCGUCCUGUUACACCUCCGAGCGGUUUUGACCAGUCGGGGUCUACCAGUCCACAAAACUACCAACGGCUGGUAGAGAACGAGUCAUACUGGCCCGUAAGGACAACUUGUAUCUCCAGACACACCCACGACGCUAUUCUCUUUGCCUUAGAGGCUAUCAGACGAGGUAGUGGGGUAAAUGCGCACCCACUGACUCCGGAUCUGCUUGAAGAACAGGCUCGGAUGUCAGAUCUGGUAAGGGGCAAUCCGCCCGGUGCCACUGCGCGAACACAAAAUGGAGGAGCACCACGUACGACUGCAGCUACCGACACCGGGCCAACUUCGACCGAACAACCACCUCGAUACCGUACUCCUACAGAUGUCAUGCGGGAGAGAAGAAGACGGGAAGCUCUCAAGGCUGAGGAGGCGGCGGCCAAGCAACGUCAAGAGGAAGAGAGAAGGAUGCAGCAGGAAGAACAAAUUGUUGGCGUUGGGGGAGAACAACGGCCACGACCAAGUGCCAGAACAUCAACGGGCAGGCCGCAGCCGACGCAGACUUAUAAUAUAGGUGGACCGCCUGCACAAGUAUCUGCCAGUGCCGCUCGCCGGCAAGAGAAUAUCCCUCCCGCUCAGCCGGGUCCAUCGAGAACGGCACAAGCUCCUGCUCAAGUUGGAGGAAGAGAGCCUCGGCUCUCCGCGACCACACAGCGAAAUCGUACAGAAGCUUUGGAGCAGCUCAACUAUCCAGCAACAGCCAGACCUGCAGUACCUGAACAAACACCUCGACCGACACAGCAACCGCAACAACCCAGACCGCAAGCUCAACCUCAAUCGCAGCCUCAGGCAGGAGGUCAAGCUGGUCCACAACCGGGAGCCCAAGCCUCCGGAGCAGGCGGCCGAAGUCGAUUUCCCAACGCUUUUGAGAGAUGGGAAGACCUGUCAGCGCAUUGGGAAGGCAUUGUCUCGUCAUUUAUUCACCGUUUACAAAAUAAUGCCGACGAAUUAGCCGGGAAACCACUAGACAAACAAAUGGCUCGGCAGAUCGACGACUUGUCUGCUGCAGGGGCAAAUCUGUUUCAUGCUGUAGUAGAGUUGCAACGCCUGAGAGCAUCCUCGGAGCGGAAAUUCCAGCGCUGGUUUUUCGAGACUCGGCAUGACCAAGAACAAGCUCAAGAAAGAAUAGCGGAGCUCGAACGUCAACUUCGUGUGGAGAGGGAAGCUCAGACAGCCAGCUCCACAUCCAUCGAAGCGGUCCGUGCGGAAAAGAACCGAGCCGAAGAACUGGUAAAGGAGAUGCGACGAGAACUUCAAAUCAGCAAAGAAGAAGCUCGCCGUGCUUGGGAAGAGUUGGGCAGACGAGAGCAAGAAGAGCGCGAGAGGACUAUUGCUCUGAGGAGUGGAGAGCGGACUCUCAUUGGCGGCGUCGAAGUUGUUCCCAUGCAAGGUCUCCCGAGUAGACAAGUGAGCUCAGCUCAGCGACCACAGACGAGGGAAGGGCCUACAGCUGGUGCUGGCCCCUCGAUGUUAUCCGGUCAACAACCAUCAGCGACCCAACGAGCGCGGUCUCAGAGUCAAACGACAAGUACUUCCUUGGACUCUCCCGGUGAAGAAAGUCGGCAAUUCACCUAUCAGCCUGAGACAGGUGUUUCUCCUACAGUGACCGACCCGUUUACUGAAUCAUCGCGCCAACGCGAAGGACAGCCACAGACUCAAAUACCCCGCGAGCCAGACACGCAGUUCUACACCACUCCACCCCGCCCAGCACAAACCCACACCAGUGCUGCCGCAAUUGCGGCCAGUCGUGCUGCAACGAGUGCCACCCAAGACCUCCGCUAUUACCAGAGCCCUACCACGAAUUCCCAGAUGCCUGGCACACUGCCCGCUCCGACGCGCCAAGGCACCGGAGGUACUGAACGAUCGUACAUUCCGUCCAGUGCAUCGGCCGCCUCCGAGGAGGAAUAUCACAUCAAUCCGGACGGCAGCUACACGCGCGACGCUCAGGGCCGCCGCAUCCCCUACCACCAAGCCAUCGGUCCGUCUGCGCUGCAAGGAGAAAUCAGCGACGACGAAGGGGAGGAGGGCGAAUACUCCGAGGAAGACGAUGACGAUCACGCAGCUGACAUUGAGCGCGAGAGGAUGUACGCUGCCCAGUACCGUCCUCAACCUUCGCAGCAACAGGGCGCAAACAUCCCACGAACAACAUCGGGCCCACUGCCUCCGAUCCCGCAAGGCCGUAUGGCCGAGUAUGAAGGCCAGGGCUACGGAGCCGAGCCGCCGCCCAUCGUGACGCAAGCCCAAACAGCAUGGGAGAACAUCCAAGCCACACCACAUCGACAUCCGACCAGAUUGAGCGAUAUCAUCGAAGAGACGACACAGCGCACGAGUCCGAGCCGCACGAGCUAUGCCUCUGGCACAGGACCCUUGCCUGGCCACGGAGAAGGAAGUGGUGGUGCUGGGAACACGUCCUCAAGGCGAUGAACAGUCAACGUCAUUCCCAUCUGGAUUCUUUCAGCGACCAGCUUAUGUCUCCCUCAUGACGCGAGUAUUUUGGCACCCUAAGAGCCCGCUUAUUGUCGAAAGCAAGGGUCCGAACAGCAGAAGAACUAAGCCCUCUUGACCGGCACGCGAUUUCGACCGUGACUGGUGACGCUGUGUUUGGGGAGUGCUAGUAAAAUUCGCGGACCUUUGCCUUUUCUGUUGUUGCUGUACGGUUCAUUCAAAAUUCACCUCACCGAUCCCAUUCCGACGUUGAUGUUCGUCUAAGGGGCGAAUCGACACAGCUCUACUGUUCUAUUCCAUGGCAAAAACCCGCGACGCGACCGCUGCUUGCUCAAAGUCGCAUCACUGCGAGCGCCAAUCAACGAAAGGCAAACCCCUUGUACAAAUUUUUGUCAGAAUACUGAGGUACCAACCUAUCUACCCCAAUUUUGUACAUACACAAAAGGCCUGAAUUAGGGCGAGAUUCAAAAGUGCACAAGAGGAGAAGUCCGUUCAGUGAUACCUGUCGACCAGCUUCGUUUCUUCUGAGAAUUACACCACCAACAAGAAUUUCAGCAAGCGCAGAGGUGGAGGAAGAGGUGAGGGUGGGGAAUUGACCCCGGCGCACUCGCUCAUCCAACUGUUCAGUCAUGAAAUGUGUGGACAGGCUAGGCUCUGAUCUUAAUGUUUUGGAGAGGGAAAAAGGGAUUUCGGCCUGGCAUUGGCAUUCUGAAAAAAAGGCGGCGGCAAAAGCCCGUUGAAUGUGGAAACAGCAUCUUUCUUUUAUUGCUUCGAGUUGACCUGUGUUAGAUUCUGUUUGAGUCUGUGUUGAACAUAGCAAGCGACGGCGUAAACGGACGGAGAAGUCUCGAUCUCGAAGCUGAGUUUUGAGGCCGGUUCGAAAAUUGAUGGUCGAGUUCUACCACUGGCAGGGGCUUGGGUUGUAGACGUUUCCCCUCUAGGAUACUUAUUGUCUUGACUUGAGCAAUACUAAUUUCCAUUUGUCUCCG